CUUGUUACAAGAGAGUUUUGUUCGAAAAAAACAACAAGUCUGGGAACACUGUUAAAAACGAGCUACCUGCAAAAAAGAUGUCAAAAACCUGGGAAACAGCAACUUUAUGGAGAAUAACAUAUUUGAGAUUUUGCGUCUAAGCCUUCAUGGUGUGCACCAACAAAAGGCUGGAUUUAAAAGAAAAUGUGCAGAAAUUCACCAAAUUGUUAGAGUUUGCGUCUCGUAGCUUCAAGCGAAGACCUUAUUAAAUUUAUUAUAAAUUUGGGAGCCGCUUGUUUGAACAACUAGUUGGGAAUGUGACAACGACCCGAGGAUCUGAAUUCGCUAUAAAGCAAGGUCACCUGUGGACGUCCUGCCUCUUCUCGAUCCUUUGGUUGCUGCUUCUAGAUUCAAUGCCUUUUAGCUGCAGAUCUUAUGGAUCCCAAGACUCGUGAAUCUAGAACGAAUUUCCGAGUUGGCUGUAAAAAAUGCGGGUUUACUGGACAUCUGACAUUUCAGUGUCGGAACUACCUUCGUGGAGGCGUAUCAGGAGACGUUGUCUUAGAUGUUAGUAGCACUAGUUCUCAGUCUGAUGAAAGCGAAAUCAUUGCAGCAGCAUUAGAACUGCGACGAGCAGCACUGGAAAAAGAGGCUGCAAAAAAGAAAGUGAAAAAGUCUAAAGAGAAGAAGAAAAAACGAGUCUCUAAAAAACGAAAGCAUUCAGAGACAGAAUCCUCAGACGAUGAUGAUAUGGAAGAAGAGAAGGCAGUAACUACUAGCAGCAGUCGAUCGGCUUCCUAUUCCUCUACUUCAGACCGCCAACAUCAUCACCACCAUCGCCAUCAUCAUCAUAGAAAAAAGCAUAAGGUGAAGAAGUCGCAUAAACACUCGAAAAGAAAGCAUAAACAUCAUAAAAGCACUGAUGAAUGAAUAAAGGGAAGACUUUGUACGCCUGCUUCUUACUGUAUACUGGUGUUGUUAUUGAUCUUGAUCUGUAUUGUAUUUUCUUGUAUUUUUGUAUAGACACUUUGUGAUGCAAUAAAUUCUUUUAUUAUUGUAUUUCUCUGUAUCAUACAAUAGGGUUCCGAUUAAAUAUAUAUACAUAUUUUUUGUCUAAA